AUGAUUUUUUUAAAUAUCUGCUUCGAGCAUACGCUUUACCGUAUAAAGCGAUGUAGACGCGCACACCAUGUUUAAGAUGGCGUGGCCGCACUGGCUGUCUACUAUCUAUUCCUCUAUGCUGUAUUUCCAUAGGGAGUAGGGAGUAGUGGACGUAGGGAGUAGUGGAGUGCGUUGGUGUUUCAGGUAAAUACCGUAAAGGUACGGGACUUUAUCCUUUAUCGAAACAGAAAGCAAGAUGAUGUUUUUCAGCUGCGCAACGACCAGACAUUAUAAAACAAAUAAACAAAAAAGACUGCGUCAGUAACAGCUGUUUGUUCCUGGUUUCUACAGGAGACGUCAGAAAAAUUAAUCUCCAACAAAUCAGAAUGCUGACAAAAGUUCAGAAAGUCUAAUGCAGCUCUAAAAUGAUUCAGGAACUGUAUCAGCAAAUCUUUUCAGAAGUGAAAUUUCUGAGUUAGUCUCAAUCAGAGUCGGACUACCUUCAAUGGGGAAAUAAACUUGACUGGAAACAGAUGAACUGAACACAGAUGAACUGAACGCAAUGAACUGAACAUAGAUGAACUGAAAGCAAUGUGGAAGGCCAUGAAGAGCGGGGAUGAAAGGCUUAUUUCCUCUUUUUGAAGAUGUCUGAUCAGCACUUUCAUGAUGAUUUCCAUUCUGGAGCAUACUUUCAUUAUUACUUCUAUUUUCUUACUGAAUAUUGAACUGUGUAUUUGUGCUUGUGCACGAGCUGAAUAUGAGAUAAAUGGAGAAUGCUGCCCCAUGUGUUCAGCUGGAAACCGAGUUUAUAGACAUUGCACUGAAUUCACCAGCACAACCUGUAUGCCGUGUGUUGGCUCUACUUACACUGCUGAACCCAAUGGCCUUCCAAGUUGCAUUACCUGUACAGUGUGUGAUCCUGGACCGGGAUUAAGAGUCAAAACAGCCUGCACACGAACUUCAGAUACAGUUUGUGAGCCACUGGAGGGAUUUUAUUGUACUGAUGAAUACAGGGACAGCUGUAGAUAUGCUGUGGAACACACAAAAUGCAGCCCUGGACAAUACAUAAAGCAGAAAGGAACAGCAGUUAAAGAUGCUGAAUGUGCAGUGUGUGCAGAUGGUACCUACUCCAACGGCAGCCUUCAAAUUUGUAAGCCACAUACAAAAUGUGAAGAUUUGGGACUUAAAGAAAUAACACCAGGAACAAAUUAUUUUGAUGUUGAAUGUGGAAGAAAAACUCCAGUCCAUCUAAUAGCUGGAAUCAUAGUUGCAGUGGCAGUUGUAGUUGUAGCUGGAGUAAUCGUUUUUCUAAUAAAGCAUAAGAAAGUCCCACCGACAGCUGGUACUGCUGAGAAACCGAGAUUUUCAACCAACCAGACACGUGAAAGAGAGACUUCAUUACCACUGACAAGCGAAGAAAGUUCAAAAUGACUGUGGAAAACAAUGGUGUGACCGCCAGGAGCAUGAAGUAACACACACUCGAUUUGGUCUUCGAUGAAUACAUGAGUUCAGGGAAGAGGAGACUGAUGGACGUGAUCUUGACUAAUGUGAUUUGAAUUUUGUGUGAUAUGUUAAGACAUUCAGGGUAAGUUUUCCUCAGUGGGACAUAUGGGAACAUAUACUAGUACAGUAGAUCAACCAUUUUGAGCUGUUUCAGUCACAAUAUUUUCUUUUAUCUGCCAUAUUUGUGAGCAUAAUUUUUGAACAUCGGCAGAAAAGCAAUGCAUCUGAGAAGUGAUUCUUACAAAAAAUGUUGAUGUUUUGAUUCAUACCGAGCCCCAGGAAAAAUAUAUAGAGCUCUGAAGUCAGCAUAGACAUCGUUGCCAUUGCCAAAUCUAACAAUCGCAGACAUUUGCAUUUAAUUCACAGUCCAUCUCCAUACACCAACAAGAGUCUGAAUCGGGCUUUAUAGUGCACAGUAGCCUGCUGGUACUUCGUAGAUGGAUGGGUUGGCGAAAUGAACCUGUGACACAUGAAAGAUAAAAAAAGUUUCCCAUCUCUGGGCAGAUAAGUAAACAGCAGCAUCAAUUUAUCAAGCUUUAUGAAUAGAAAUAACAGUUUAUUUAUGUUACUUACAAUAUACCGCUAACCAGUGAACUGUGUAGCAUAGGUAGAUAUGUAGAUAAAGUCAGUAGAUAUGUACAAGAAGAUAUUUAUUAUUCAUAAACUCCACCAGUAAGCAACAAACAACAUCAAACAUAAAAUCUGUACACAUCUGUCACCAACAAAUGUUCUGAUAAUUUGUUAAGCGUAGCAUAUGUAGCUAUAUCCACCUCGGUAACUAUCAUACAUAGCCAGUGUAACUAGCAAAUCAAGCUACCCAGUAUAAAAUGCUCGUUACUGAGAAUGGAGGGUUUUGUUGGUAUCCAAAUUUCUCACUUGAUUGCUGGUGAAAAUCUUUUCAACAGCUACUGUCACAUCAGACAUCAGAACAAAUUAAUACCAGUUGGUAACUCCAGAAUCUCAUCUCAUUCUCAUUAUCUCUAGCCGCUUUAUCCUUCUACAGGGUCGCAGGCAAGCUGGAGCCUAUCCCAGCUGACUACGGGCGAAAGGCAGGGUACACCCUGGACAAGUCGCCAGGUCAUCACAGGGCUGACACAUAGACACAGACAACCAUUCACACUCACAUUCACACCUACGGUCAAUUUAGAGUCACCAGUUAACCUAACCUGCGUCUUUGGACUGUGGGGGAAACCAGAGCACCCGGAGGAAACCCACGCGGACACGGGGAGAACAUGCAAACUCCACACAGAAAGGCCCUCGCCGGCCCCGGGGCUCGAACCCAGGACCUUCUUGCUGUGAGGCGACAGCGCUAACCACUACACCACCGUGCCGCCCACUCCAGAAUCUUUUGGUCAUAAAUAUGGCAGCAUGGUCAUACAGUGAUGUCACAUGAAACAGACCAAAACAACACAAAGCACACAGAGUGCUAUGAACACAUGUGGUGUGCAUCAAAUUCAAAAUAUAAUGUAAUUCUCUUGCAUCAUGGGCACCAGCUGAGCGUGGGUAUUAUAGAUAUAUGUCUUUAUCUAUUAUGAUUCCGAUUCUGUGAGGUUUAUAAAAAAUUAGUGAGUACAAUUUUUUCACAAUCGAUACUAAGUAGGGGACCAAACAUGAAAUAUCUUAGAGACUGAUAAUACAGUACUACAUGUAGUACUUUUUCGGUACUGGCAGUGCUGUAUCAAGUGGAAUGCAGGCCCAGGGUGGUAUUUUUGUUGAGAGGCUUGGGCUGAAGGAAUGUGGCCUGCAUGUGGUAUGUGCAUAGCAAUAAGCUAUAGACCUGAAUAUAACCAGCACUCAAAUAACUACAUUCAAAAUCCAUUUUAGCCAGCUGAUCCGUCAGAUUUUCUGCUCAGAUACAGUGACCAAAGUAUAAACAGUGUAUGAAUAACCAUCUAUAAUGUAGGCUUGAAUAGUAAAUGAAGCUAGAUAUCUGCUGUUCAUGUAGAAAUGUGUGUAGCACUUGCAAAAACCUUGCUUUUUGGGGAGAGAAAAUUAGCAAAUUACAAUCUCUUAUGAUAAAUAAUAAAUACUAGCAUUAGUAUUUAUUAGCAUGUAUUAUAGUAUUAGCAUGCGAGUGAAUGGAAUACUGAGGACACCCUAAACAUAAAUAUUUUUCCCUAAUAAUUUUAACAUUCAACAGAAUAAUGUAGUUAUACAAAGGUCACUACAUUUAAAAGAUUACAAUAAAAAUAAAAUAGCUUUUUUUUUAAUACAGGACAGCAUGUGAUUAAUGAUAUAGUUAACAACUUAUUCUCUGAUAUCAAUAACACAAUCAUUUAUAGUACACACUGAAAGAAAUGUCAGUAGUUUAGUUUAUAUUUGCAGCUGUAUUUCCCCCUUGAUGAACAUGCCUCUGGCAGUUACCUCAGUGCUUGAUGAUCUCCACUGCCUAGAAAAAAAAAAUCUGCUUUGAAAAACAUCUCAUGUGAGAAUAGCAGCUGAUCUUUGCUGAUUGCACAUUCACUUUCUGAGACUUAUGCAAUAUAGUGCUUUGUGAUCUUAGUAACAACUUUAAAAGAAACAUCACGCUUACCCAUGAUGCACAUAUUACUAAUUGUUCCACUGUUUCUGGUAUACAUAAUUAUGUACAAUACAUAUAAAAUAUAUAUUUCAUGUAUUGUUACUGGUAUUUACUGUGUAACUGUGUGCAAUGAGCAGUGAGUAUAAUAUCAAUCUGUAUAGUAUAUCAGUAUAUACUAUAUAUACAGUAGCAAUCAAAAGUUUGGACACCUACUCAUUUAUAGAUUUUUCUGUAUUUUGACUAUUUUCUACAUUGUAAUGUAGAACAAUACUGAAGACAUCAAAACUAUUAAAUAACAUAGGGAACACAUACGGAACUAUGUAGUAAACAAAAAAAAAGUUAAAAACUAAAUAUGUUUCAUAUUUUAGAUUCUUCAAAAUAGCCACCAUUUAUCUUGAUGACGCUUUGCACACUAUUUGGCAUUAUCUUAACCAGCUUCAUGAGGUAGUCACAUGGAAUACUUUUCAGUUAACAGGUGUGUCUUGUCAAAAGUUAAUUCGUGCAAUUUCUUGCCUUCUUAAUGCAUUUGAGAUCAAAUAGUAAAUAGUAAAAAAUACAGUAAAUAGCCCUAUUCCACAACUGUAGUAAUCCAUAUUGUGUCAGGAACCGCUCAACUAAGGAAAGAGAAACAACAUCCAUCAUUACUUUAAGACAGGAAGUGUAUUUUAAUUAAUUAAAAUAAAGAAAAAACAUUGAAUUAGAAGGUGUGACCAAACAUUUGAUUGGUAGUCUAUACAUUUGGUGUUUUAUUUUCCUCCCCUAGAUACUGUGUAAUUGUCAUUUGCCUAAUGGAAUUUAUAUUAACAUCUGCACAAUUUACUAAGCAAAUAAAUACUGCAGUUCAGUUAUGUAUUUGUAUGCAAACUGUAGCUAUAUUAAGGUGAUGCUAAAUGUAACUACAUAUGACAGAUCUUACUGUACUGAGUUUCAGCUGAAUUCUCAGAACAUUGUGGCUGAAGUACAGACUAACGAGCUAUAAUUUAUUUACUUUGUUAAAUUCUACAAUCACAGAAUAUCCUGUAUAUCAUUUAACAUGAAUUCCUUUUUCAGUGUUUUGCACAACAUAAUGUAAUUUAAAGAUGUAGCAAUGUUUUUUAUAUGUGUAAUAAAUACAGACGUCUAUCACAGAGAACCUCAGUUAUUGUUUACACAGCUCUCCAGUGUAGUUCUCCGGGGCAAUCAUCCGCAUUAAAGUAAGCUGCUUGUUUUCGCCACAGACAGGUUCAUAAUGUUAUUAUAAAAGUGUCUGACAACACAGACGGGAUGCCUACAGAGACGUGUGUGUUUACCUCAAUAUCUGCAAAGAAACUGUAGAAAAUGGGCGUUUCUACAGGCAUUGUUUAUCUUUUAUCUUCAUAAGAAUGUUGGCACGGUGGUGUAGUGCUUAGCACUGUCGCCUCACAGCAAGAAGGUUCUGGAUUCGAGUCCAGCGGUUGAUGAAGGCCUUUCUGUGUGGAGUUUGCAUGUUCUCCCUUGUCUGCAGUUGAACUGGUUUCCUCCACAGUUCAAAAACAUACGGUGAAUGUGUGUAUGAGGACCCCAUUGAAAAGAUGUUCAUGGUGGCAAGUUAUGAGAUUGUGAACUGGGCGAUCAUAAACUAAUAUAUUGAUUAGGACCUGUAGUCAGGGGCUGUUUUUCUGAUGUUUACAAAAAGGAUUCUUUCCAUGUUGUCAGACACUCUUCAUAUUGUCGCAAUCAGAUAAAUAUUUGGGCAUUACGUUGGAAAUAGACUUCUUCACAAGUUCUGCGUGAAUUGGAAAAGAUUUAAUUAUGUUGUUGGAGACGGGCGGCACGGUGGUGU